AUGACCGAGUGUCCGCCACUACGAGAGGUGCAGGACAUGAUCAUGCCUCCCUGCAGCCCAAUGCGCACUAUAGCUAAAGCCCAAAAGGCUCCCGCGCGUGCGGUGGUGUUGGGCCACGUCCAUGUGCUUCCCAGCCACCACCGCCGACCUAACUACGCGUUCUUGCACCACCCACUUCCAUAUAAAUCGUUGCCCAGCUGCCCCUCCAUUCCAACCCAUGCAUGGUUGCAAGACUCAGUUAUUACUUCAAACAUGUUUCACUCCAUGGCAACUAGUAGACUUCUUAGUCUUGCAUUUGCACUGCUAUGGAUGGUGUCCAUUUGUUCUGCCUCUAGAGGCUUGCUUACCCCAGAUUUUGAAGCUUAUGGUGCUGACCAUGGCAGCGCUGGGAGCUUUGGUGGCCAAGGAAUUGGCUAUGGCGGGGGUGCUCGUGGAGGUAUGUAUGGUGGUGGCCCCUAUGGUGCAGGAGGAGAGCAAGAAACGAACAAUGGUGGAGCAGCAAGUGGCGGCAACGCUGGUGGCAAUAGUGGAUAUGGUGGUUGGGGAGAACAUGGUAUUGGUUUCAAUGGAGGAAGCAGUGGUGAUGACCACCAUGGUAGUGGUGGUUAUGAUGGUGGUGGAGGAGCACAAGGCGGCAGCUAUGGUGGUGGAGGAGAUGAUAGCUUUGGUGGAUAUGGUGCUCAUUCGCCUCCUGGAGGGGGUGCAGGUGGAGAGCAUCAGAGUGGCUGCAGUGGUGGUGGAGGAGGUGAACAUGGUGGCAGCUACAAUGGUGGUAGUGUCGGUGGCAGCGGAAGUUAUAACACAGGAGGGGCCUCCGGUGGAGGAUCUUGGACGGGGUAUUGGUUUAGCUAUGGUAGCCAUGGAGGUGGAGGAGCUGGUGGCGGCAUGAGUUAUGGUGCCGGCGACAACCGUAAUGGUGGAAGUGGUGGUAGUGCUUCUCAUGGUGGUGCAAAUGGCUAUGACAAUCUUGGUGGUGGUGGAGGAGAUAAAGGCCAUGCUCCCUAA